AUGAAUAUCUUCGUUUCGUUAAUAUUGAUAAUUACCAUUAUCGAAGCUGCACCUCCCCCUCCUCCUCCACCACCAGCGGCAGCAGCAGCAGCAGCAGCCGCCUCACAAUACGAAGGUCGACCUGUGGGAGCGGUACCCUGCUACCUUGGUUGUUGGUCACCAUGUGAACGAAUUAAUUGUUUAAAUGGUGGCUAUUGUAUUCAACCAGCAACGGCAACAACUUUAGCUUAUUGCAAUUGCCCUGCUCAAUAUACAGGAUACCGUUGUGAACAAUCAAUCUCCACUGAUCCUUGUUUAAAUUAUCAAUGUAACCACGGAACUUGUCAAAAAGAUCGCAAUAAUCAACCAUAUUGUUCAUGUUAUGAGGGUUAUGGUGGCUCACGGUGUGAAACCCAAAUCGACCCAUGCGCACGAGUUAAUUGUAAUCAUGGUCGAUGUGAAAUCGAUCGCACUGUUGCAGUUUGCCGAUGCUAUCAAGGCUAUACAGGCCACGAUUGUCUUACGCCAUUGGACGCAUGUGCUCGGGUGUCAUGCAACCAUGGCAGUUGUGUCAAUGAAGGUGCAUCGUAUCGAUGUGACUGUCAACGAGGCUAUGAAGGUUCAGCAUGCGAUCGACAAAUAGAUCCAUGCUUGAAUUUCGUUUGCUACAAUGGAGGUCUAUGUCUUGUUCAAAAUACUAAUCAACCUAUGUGCCAAUGUGCACAAGGUUAUCGAGGACCGAAUUGCUAUGAAUCUGACGACGUUUGUGACAAUGUCAAUUGUAAUUAUGGACAAUGCUCUAUCAAUCAACACGAUGGUACAGCCUAUUGUAUUUGCUUACCGGGUUAUGCAGGUGCCAUGUGUUUGGACGAAGCACGAGUUGACCUCAUUACCGAUGUGUGUUUGCGAUACGAUUGUGGGGGUGGUACUUGUACAAACGAUCGAGGCGUAGCUCGAUGCGUAUGUCCAAUUGGACGUGUAGGAAGUCAUUGCCAAGAGGACAUUUGUACAAUGUAUCCAUGUGCAAAUAAUGGACAGUGUGUUCCCGAAGGCAAUAGCCGACGUUGUGUUUGCUCAGCCCCGUACUACGGUGAUGACUGUCGAGAAUUUCACCGACCAAAUCCAUGUGAUAAUGUUCAUUGUAAUUAUGGAUAUUGUCGCGAAGGUAUGUGUGAAUGUAAUACAGGAUAUUCAGGACCACGAUGUGAUAUACCAACUGAUCUUUGUGCUGGUAUAAAUUGUUAUCAUGGAACGUGUUAUGAGGGCCGUUGUGUAUGUUUAGAAGGUUAUACAGGAUAUUAUUGCGAUACUCCAAUCUUAGUUACAACACAACCACCGGCAGUAAGCGUUGGAAUAAUACCACCUCGUACGCCAUUACCAGUUCAACCUAAUGCUAUGAUCGGUCUUAAAAAAGGUCAAUUGGUCGAUUAUGGUCGUCUAUUAGGCGGUCGUGCUGGUCCAAUUGGUUGGGUAUUGGCUAUUGUUUCUGCCUUUCUCCUAUUUCCACUUGCACUUGCAUUUGCUACUCGUAAAUGUGCACUAGGAGGAUGUCUACCAGGUGGUGCUCGCGCAGGCUAUGUGCCAGUAUUAACGGGCGCAACGGGUGUAACACAAACUGAAAAUGCACUUUAUGCAGGUCCAGAAAGCCGUGUGACACGUGACCUUCAAUUAGUUGAUCAACGUGCUGAUAAUUUAGCUUCGGCAGCUGCAGCUGGCUCAUCAGGUGGAAUGGAAACAACACGUAUCGAACAAACACGUGAAAUCGUUAGAGAAUACGGCGGUAUGGAUACUGCUGGCGGCGUUUUCCCUAACUAUCCAACAAUGUCAUCGCGAUAUGGUGAUUUUGCACGCGAUGCACACAAUCAGCAAUCAUCGUCAGCUUAUUCUCAACAACAUGUGAUUGAAACAGAUUAUCAUGCACCGCCCGUCGGUGAUUUUGGUUAUGGUCGUGGUGGCAUUGCCGCAGAAGGUUAUCGUGAUACAUUUGACGCAUGGGAAGGUGCAGCUGGUGGUUACUCAAUGAAUGCUAUGUUUGCUGAAGGUGGUCUACAAACUGAUUAUGAAUUAAGUAAUAUUAAUUCAGUUAGCAUGACGCCAAAUGGAAAAUACGCUAUUGUUGGACAAAGUCAAGGACCGCCACAAAUAUGGGAUGCUGUCAAUGGCCAACUUGUUUCAAGUAUGCAAGGCACAAGUACACAUUGUGGUAAAGUUGCAUUAGCAUGCAGUGGCACACUUCUUGUUGGUUUGGCAAGUGAUGGAAUCGAUGCUCAACCAUGUGUACUUCAAAUUUGGGAUGUUAACACCGGCAAACCAGUUCAAUUGACUCAUCAGAUCAAAUGCGCCACAUUUACCUUGAGUAACAAUUCAAAUAAUCUCAUUAUGGCUGGCAAUCAAAAAUACGGACGUGGAAUAUCUGUUGGUAUUCUUGAUUUAAAUAAUUCUGAAUUGACAAAAGAAAUAAAAUCUGAUACAAAUCAAUCCUACGGCGGUACACCUUCGUUUAUUACUUUGACACCUGAUGAACGCUUUGCCAUAGUCGGCUGUCCAUCUGGACCAACAUCAACAAACUAUGUCGUAUUCGAUUUAACAACUCAACAAGAAUUAGUACAACCACCAACUAUAGCCUUAGAAUCUGAUGCAAAAUGUUCAAUUGUUCUAAAUAAUGAUCAAAUGGUUACUGGUACGAAAUCAGGACACUUAGUUCUUUGGGAUAUACCAACAUGCCAACGUUUACAUACAUUAAAUGAUAAUGGACAAAAUGCUCAUCGCGAUCGAAUUACCGAUUUAAAACUUUCGCCCGAUCGUUCGUGUUUAGUUUCGACUAGUGCCGAUGGUACAGGAAAAGUUUGGGAUGCAAACUCCAAAGAGCUUGUUUCAAAAUUAAUUGGACAUAAACGCGAAAUUACUUGCUCAUGUGUAUCAACUAAUCAAUUAGUUGCAACUGGCUCAAAAGAUCAAAAUGUAUGUUUAUGGCGGUUACAAACAGGUCAGCUAGCGUCAACUAUGCCCAUCGGAAUGACACCCAUCGAUAUACAUAUGGCUGCGCACAAUCGAACAAUUGUUGCCAUUGGUGACAAAGAUGGUGAAAGACAAUUAUUAAUGCUUCGCGUCGUAUCUGUACAACGAUAA